AUGGAGGCUAGCGGUACCCUGAGAAGCAGCGGUGGCUCGUCACCGGUUGUGGCGUCUACUGCCGUCGCCGGUUGCGAUGCCGCGAUGCCAGCACUGCGAAAAAGUAUUGUCGCAGCAGCAGGCUCGAGCAGCAGGCCCGGCUCCCCGAGCAGCAGUCUCGGAAACGUUAGCUUGCCCGAUACCCACUCCCCCCGAACCCAAGAUCUCGGCAGCGGUGAGAAGGACCGCCUGUGGCUGCCGGACUCACUGCACAACCUCGCUGAGGUAACAGCCACGACCUCACCAGGCACGGAUAGUCAUCCGUCUGCCCGACUUCUCCGUCACAGAGACUCCGUCAUGUCUCUGCACAGCGCCGACGCACCCUCAGCAGCGGUCCCACUCACCUGCAUGAGCUCGCCGCCGUCCCCGCUGGCGAGGGCGGAGCGCCUGCGCACGAGUGAGAGCGAGAGCUUGGACACCGGGAACCUGAACAACGCGGGAGGCAGCCGUGCGUCCACGCCGCGGCUUCGCUCUAAUCGCAUGCAGGGAAUCAGAACCACCUCUACAACACUGCCAUCUCGACUGCGGCGCAGUGCUUCGCUACCACCAACCGGGUGCAAUGGCAGUCACAUCCUCAGCUCCCGACUUUCCACCUCGUCUGCUGCCGGUGGCACAUGGGGUGGCGCAGGGCCUCACAGCUCAACCACUCCGCUCAGCGAGCGUAGCGGUAAAAAGGGCAGCAGCAGCAGAAAUAGUCCUCAGCUUUCAGCGGUUGCGACACCGCUGUUGCAGUGCGCGCCUCACGCACAGGACACCGCGCGCACCAAGGGAGGUGAUACAUCGCAUGAUGAGGGUGUUGCGCAGUUCUCGACUCGCCAGCUCCGAUAUCUGUCGAACUCCGAGCUCUCGAACGCGCCAGAUGGCAGCGACCCGACUCCCUACACUGCGGGUGCGUCGGCGAGCAACAGUCCCACGGCAGCACAGCCAUUGCCGCCACCGCUGCCAUCAUACACGCUGCCAGUCACGGACGACAACCGCUGUGAGGACGACGUCUUGGCGGGUGACAUGGACGACACCACGGCCGUUGUCGCACCCGCCAGGAAGCGCAAGAAGAAGAAAAACAAGAAGAAGAAGUCGACAGCAGCGGGGGCGACCGGCGCGGUCGAGGGAGAGGACGCUGCCAUGUCAGCGGUGGCGGUUGCCGGUGCUGCUGGUGGUACGGGCACUUCGAUCGGCGUCAGCACCACGGUGAAUAGCGCCAUUCCUGGGACUGGCUCGUUGCCGCCGCCACCUAUCCCGAUGAUGCCCGGAGGCGGCGGCACCUCCAGUGGCGUCGUACCUGGAGUAUUCUUGGGCCCUGGCCACAGCCAGGGCCACGGUAGCGGCGGCGGGGGUUCUCUGCUGUACAGCAACCUUCCGCAGCAGCAGUUUCAUCCCCAGCACCUCGGCGGAGCACGCGGGCAGUUCAUGAUGAUGGUCAAUGGCGCGCAAGGCGGCGAUGGUACAGGCGACCCCAUCAUGAUGGGCUACUCGAUGAAUGGGGGUGUCGGGGGCACUGAUGGCGGCGGUGGCGACUACGCGAGUGCCGCCACAGCUGGUUGUGCGGGAAGCGAGGGCGGCACUUACGGUCGAGGAGGAUCCGCAAUGAUGAUGAUGUCUAUGAUGGCCUCCAACUACCACCACCACCACAGCCGCCAUGAAAGCGGCGGGUCAAGUGGGGCGUAUGGUUACUAUCACGGCGGGAUGAGUGAUUGCGGCAGGGGAGGAGCCGCCGGCAUGUUGCCUGCGCAUGCGCAGAUGGGCCAUCAGUGUGUGGGGCGAAACUUGCCGGAAGAGCAGCGGCAACAGCAGCACGUUCAGCAGCAGCAGCAAGCACCUUAUCCCUAUUCACCUCAGCCCAUGCUGAUGGGCGGUGGCGGGGGUGCUGGUGGUGGCUCGUAUCCAGCGAACAGCGGCCACAGUCGCCACGGCUCGGCGCACCGAGGUGGUGGUGGCGGCCCGCAAUACUCUUCGCAGCCACAGCAGCCGUACUACUAUCAGAACCUGCGCUACAACACACAACCUUACUUUCAUGGCGGCGUCUCCUCCACGAACGGUGCCGAUGCGAACGCGAUGCAUGGAGGACCGAUCAUGGCAACAGGUGAGGGAGGCAGUGUCGCUGGGGGUGGUGGCCGCUGCGACUGCACCGGCUUCUCGAAUACACAGGGCCAAUCCAGCGGCGGCGUCGGCGGCUCGAUCCAGUACAACGGAGAGGAUGUCGCGAGCCGGGUGCCGCUGCAGGUGCCCGUGGAGGACAUGAUGCUGGUGACUCAGCAACCCCAGCGCAACGUCAGCUUUAGACCUCCGAUGCCAGCGGCGAACGCGUCUGGCAUGUCCUACUAUCCACCAAACAGCGGCGCACCGGCAACAGUGGCGGCGGCUGCCGGUGCCCCCCACAACAGCAGCGUCAACAGUAGCUAUGUAAGCUGCGGCAGCCGUGGAGGUGUGUCGGGGGCGAUGAUGGCCAGGGAUGGCGGUGCGGCGGUGAACGGUGAGGCGAGGUUGCCGCGAGAGGAGGUGAUGGCGGCGGACAUCGCGGCGGACGCGGCGCCGCGGUCGGCUUUUCAGUUCACUCCCGAGGUGAGCCCGCGCCUCUGCCGCCUGAUCGACCGCGAGCUGCUGACGUACUUGACGCCGUCACUGGCGUGCCUGCAGCGCCGCCGCAGUCAGCUGGAGACGCUGGCUGGAUACAUCACAGCCGCGCUGCGGCACGCCGGCCGACAGACCGGCCACGACUAUGGCGACAUCUCCUACUACAUAUUUGGCAGCGUGAACAUGCGCACCGUGCUGCCAGACGGCGACAAUGAUGUGACGGUGGAGGUUGACGGCUUGGUGGCGAGCGAGUCGACGCUGACGCCUCCACCUUCGCCCCCGCAGCCGCUGUUGUCAUCUUCGCUCAGUGAUGGCGGCGCCGCCGCCGCCUUGGACGGCUCCGCAAAAGCGGUCAUGCUCCCUGUGACGACCGACAGCAGCACUGGCAGCGUUGAUGGCAUGAUGCAGCUAACGACAACCACGGACGGGUGCCCGCGUCUUGUGGCGCCAGCGGUGCUGAGCAUCGCAUCCGGUGAGGUACUCGGUCGCGUGCGGGACUACCUGCGCAGCUUCAAGACGCCUGUCUUUGUCGACUCCUUGGUGAUGGCAGAGGUGCGCGUGUUGAAGCUGGCGAUGGAGGGGUGCAACUAUGACAUCACCAUUGGCCAAUUUGGCGGUGUCAACUGCGUGCGCUUCUUGCACGAGAUGGAUGCGGUGAUCGGGGACCAGCACGUGCUCAAGCGCACACUGCUGCUCCUCAAGGCAUGGUGCUGUUACGAGGCCCACAUCUUGGGUGGGCAAGCCGGGUACAUCGGCUCCUACGCGGCGACGGUGAUGCUGAUCUCGAUGUUGAACACGGUGGAAUUUCUCGAGGACGUCGACGCCGGGCAGACGGACAGCGAUAGUGACGGCACGGCCGCAGCGGCGGCGAGGGCGGCCGUGGCGUUGGAGUCCCUGAUGAGCGGCGAUAGCGCCGUGGAGGAGGAGGAGUCUCUGCUUCAGAAUCCCGCCUCCUCGUUCAGUGCACCGGUGACCACGGCGACCAAAUCCUCCACCACGAAGGGGGCCAAGGCGGUCCAGGAGGGUGAAGGGCUCCUAAGUGAUACUACAAGCCCGACGAGCAGCAACCGCGGCUGCUGCUGUCACGGUCGUGACUCGGCCGGGCAGCCAGGACCGCCACCGUCCCGCCCUGCGGGCCAUGACGCCACUGCCGCUACUGCUGCGUCGCCGCGCCCCUUGUCACCGCUGACCUUGUUCGCGCGCUUCUUGAAGUUCUACGCUUACUUCGACUUCGACCGGUAUUGUGUGACCGCCUUCGGCCCACUGCCGCUGCACAAGAUCACCUCAACUCCGCUGGACCUUAGCUACCUCGAGGUGGAUGCGGCGCACAGCAAACCGCUGGAAGGUGUUGCCGCGUCGAACCGCGCAGCAACGGACUUGUCCUUUCUCGGCUUGACCCCGGAGGGUGAGGCGGCGAUUGGCCAUCUUGUGCGCCGCCGCCAGCAGCCUCUGCUCACCGUGAGUGGUGUGAAGCACUUGUUGGACCAGAUGAACCGCUCGCGGCGUGCUGAGCGCCAGGCACGGUACGAAACACGCCAACAGCCGACGCAGCGACCCGAGCAGCAGACGGAUACCGAGGGUGCACAAAAUGCAUCGGAGCGCCGCAGUACCAACACUUCCUCUCCAGUGCAGCUGAACCGCGCCGGGUGCGCCGCUGAGGACGCCGGGCUGAUGUGCCCAUCGUGUAACACUGCCGUCUUCCCUGUCCGUGACAUGAACGUGCUGGACCCGCUGCGCUGGAGCAGCAACAUGGUCCGUGGGGUGUGUCGAAACCACCUUCAGCGCAUUCAGCGUGCGUUCCUGGAAGGGCUUCGGCUCUUGGAUGUGGCGUCGCAGGAGCUCGGCGGAGACGUGAUGCAGAUGGACGUGACGAGCGUCGGCGCCUCAGCCAGUGCGAGUCGCAUCGCCGGUGGUAUUGGUACAACUGGACGCCGGAGAGCCGGGGCUACCUUCGCGAAAGCUGCCGCGUCGCCGACGUCGCAGUGGUCUGUUUUCAGUGCCGCGAGCAGCAGCAGCCGCAGCUGGACCGACAGCGCCGCGAACGGUGUCGCUGGCCAAGCACGCGUUCAGCAGGGCGCAAUGAACGGCACCUCAAUGUACGGCUCCCCGGGGAGCGCGGUGGAGGCCGGGGGCGGUGGUGGUGGGGAGAUGCAGCUGUGCCCAGGCUACCCUGCACCGCACUCGCAGUGCACGCUUCGUGAGGCCGGUGUUUUGCAAGUGUUGUUUCCACGCACCAUCGAUGCCAUCCGCAAGCACAGCCACCUUAACUGCCCAUCGAGUUGCGAGGGGGCGGAUGCGGCGGCGCUGACGGGAGUGCCGCAGUGCCAGGGAUGCACAAAGCCCUCCCUGCUGUGCACUCCAGCCAUCUGCCGCAUGUGCCAGCCGCAGCUUAUCUUCCACCCCUCCAGCACUAGCGAGGGCAGCAAGGCAGCUGCCACUGGAGGGAAGCAGUUAAAGCAACUGCAGUCGACAAGCGGUAAGGACACAUCCUCGCCAAUCUCCACUACGGCGCCGCAGCAGUCGCCAUCAUUGGCUGUCUCUCCAAUGCAGGGCAAACAUCACCAAGGCCCAGGAGGCCGACGUGGCAACGCGGCGGCGGCGGAACAGGUAGUGAGUGAGCUGGAAGAGGCCUUCGCUGGCCAAGACACGAGCGAAGAAGCCCGUAACGAUGGCCCACUCGGGGAGGCGAUGGUGCCCGUGGCGGAGCAGCCUCUGACACGUGACAGCGCGGUAGGUGGCGCGACCGGCUCACAGCCGCCACCGCCGUCAUCGUCCACGACCUCCGCGUCCCCGUUUCAGGGCAAUGUCUACGGCCCGGGCGCGAUAGAGGGCAUGGUGCAUCAUCACUCACACCAGAUGUACGGCCCCGGCGGUGCAUACCUCUCGGUCUACCCGGCGAUGCCGCUUUCUGCUAGCACGCCUGAGGAGAAGUACUACGCCAUGCACGCUGGUGCUGCUGCAGGGGGUAGCGCUGGUGGCGCCGGGAGCCCCGGUGGGUACGGUCUCUCUCCUAGUCAUCACGGCAAUCGCAGCGUGGGGCCGCCGUCACAGCAGCACCAGCAUCACGCUCAGCAAGCGCACGUACGUGUCGGUUCCAUGUCCUCCCCAGUGAUGCCAGGCAGCUACAACAUGAACAACGGAGGCGGCACCGGCAGCUCGGGUCAGCGCACCUACGCGACCAACCAGACGGUACCAAUUCCGAUGGAGGGUGGUGGUUAUCCGUCCUACGGCGGACACAACUACGCCGCCACCGCUGUGCGUCAGCAGCAGCAGCAGUGCCCCUAUCAGCACCAGCAGCAUCACCAGCACCGCAGCGAUGAUGGCACUAUGCCACAGAGCAGUGGUAAUCACGGCUACAAGGGUGGCAGUAGCAGUCUGCACAACACGAACCAUCACAGCAACAACAGCAGCAGCGACUCCAACGCACAAGUGCCGCUGCUGCAGCGGUUGUAG